AUGACAAGUCAUCACCACAGCGUCGGCGUCGGCGUCGGUGGCGGCAACUUUCAGCCCCAACUCCAACUGCAGCAUCAACACCAACUCCGGGCACCCAUUGUGAAGAACCUUUCGCUGGCUGCAGCGGCAGUGCCCCUGCCAAUGACCUCAUCCUCCUCGUCUGGCCACAGCACGAAUGCAUCGUCGCUGUAUUUCACACAGGUCCUGCAGCAGCCCCCGACUGCAAUCGUGGACCACGAGCCGUACACCAGCGUGCUGCAGCCAGCGGGCGGCGGAAGCGAGAGUUUCCUCAUCGAGGAGAUAAUCGACGACUAUGAGGAUGAGACCAAUAUUGUUGUGGACACCGGAGAGUUUUUCAUCUCGGGCGAUGUCUACGAAUACUACCCGGCGGUGGAUCGUCUAGGUAGGUUUACCUCAGGGGCCGUGGCCGAGGCAGAUGCCGUGCCACCGCCAAUUAUAAUGCAGCAGACCAGCGAGGAUGAGGACUACAUAGAUGAAGAUGCGAUGCGAAUGUCGUCCUCCUGCGAUGGCGACGAGGAGGAUGUGGACGAAGAGUCGGAUACGGUGCCGGCCAUGACGAAUGCCUUUGAAAUAGCCUCGGAAGUGUUGACCACCCUCGAGGCCACCAACAUCAAGGAGGAGCAGCUGGAAAGCGAUUUUUACAUGAAAACAGCGGAGGACUCAAACAGCUCCAAUGCCCAGGACUUUAAGGACCUGAAGCUCUUUGGCAACAGUAGUCGAGUGGAGCGACGGGCAAACGCAGCCACAAAGCGCUGGAAACAGACCAAGGUCCCCAUUCGCAUCACCCAGGAUGAGUUCAAUGUAACGCUCUGGUCGUCGCUCAACUCGGAGGACGAGGAAGAGGAGGAGGACCUGGACGAUCCGCAAGUGUCUGUGGUCCAUCCCGUGGUCUCCUCAUCAAGCAGCGCUGAAGCCUCCUCCUCCAAUAUGCCAAAGCUCAUCAUCGAUGAGCACAUAAUCAGCAACAACAUGCACCACGAUGUCCUCAGCGAUGGCAUCGGCAACGAGUACGUUAUCCUGCCGGAUCCCUUCAGCGCAUCGGCGGUGACGGAUGUGGAGGAGGUGGUCAAUGCAUUUAUGGGCGAUGUCAAGGGCGAGGAGGACAGCCAGCCGCUCAGUGAGCAGUUCAUCUACGCGGAUAAUCAUCUGGAUGAGGCAUACGGCUCAAUCGAACUCAUCGAGAAUAUGCCGCACAACGUGGAGUUGAUACCAGUCCCAGCCGCAGCCCCACCACCUCAGGCGAUGACAGGCGGCGCGAAGACAAACCGCUGCCCAACAGCAGCCCAGCUGUCGCUACCAAAGCUGGUGCUGCAGAACAGCAGCACCAACGUGCGGCUGAAAAGCAGCACAGGGGGCCAGGCUAAGGCCUCGAAAAGGCAAAUCAGCAGCGUCUCUACCGCUGCAGUAGGAUUGAAUGCGACGCCACCGCCGUUGGCGCCUCCCAACAUUUUGGUGCGCUCGCGAGCCACCACCGUGACCAAAACUGCAGCCAGUCUGGCCAACCAAGUCGCCGCCAGCAAUCAGACGGCAGUCGCCGCGGCCGAGGAAGAGGAGGAGCCCAAGUUUCGGUGCACCCAUCGUGGCUGCAACAAGGAGUUCAGGAAUCACUCGGCCAUGCGUAAGCAUAUGCAUACGCACGGUCCGCGCGGUCAUGUGUGCAAUGUUUGCGGCAAGAGUUUCGUGGAGAGCUCCAAGCUGAAGCGCCACCAGCUGGUCCACACUGGCGAGAAGCCGUUCGAGUGCACCUUUGAGGGGUGCGGCAAGCGUUUCUCCCUCGACUUCAAUCUGCGCACCCACGUCAGGAUACACACCGGGGAUCGGCCCUACCAUUGUCCCAUCGAUGGCUGCUCCAAGUGCUUUGCACAGUCGACGAACCUCAAGUCACACAUGCUGACGCACACGAAGCCCAAGCGCAAGUGGCCCCGGGCACCGCAGGUCAACAGCAAGUCAUCGCCGCAGGUCAACAACAAGACGCCUCUGGUGGCACGGUACGGGCGCUUGGAGUUUGGCGAGGAUCCUCGAUUGGUGUACGUGGAGCAGAACGAGGAGAUGGCAUCGGUGCUGCUGGAUGGUGCGUCGACCACAUCCUAACUAUCAGUGACCAUCAAUGUGUCCCUGAAUAGAACCGUGGCCUGAGUAAGAAGACUGGCCCCAGUUCCCGGGCACUCUAUCAAGUCGCGACCGAACGUGUAUUAUCUGGCUAGAUAACUGGCGGAUAAAAACCCAACCAACCAACCAACCAACCCAUAUGUACAGUUAGUUAUAGAGCAGGGCCAUUAAUCUAUGUAUGGCGGGCGGAGUUUAAUCUUGUAAUCUAUGAAGCGGAGAGCCUGUGGAGCGUGCGACGUCGUCCGCAUGCAGCCCAACCCCCUAAGUAAGUUCUUUUCUUAAAUUGGAUAUGUAGUAGGUGUAAAGCCAUUGGCAUGGAUGGAUAAAUGGAUCGAUCAGUCGACAGUUUAGAUUAUAAGAAUAAUUUUAAGAGUCCUAAGCCCCGUAAAACCACCCCCCCCUACAAAAUAGCUACUAU